GUUGUUUUCUUUCUCCAGUUUGGCGGUUAUUCUGUUGUCCCACAAACGUAAGAAAAGAAAGACAAAAAGGCAGACUGGAACAAUCAUUUAUCUCUCUGUUGGAUAAUUAUAAUACGACUUUCUACGCAGCGACUCGAGACUUUGAGGUUGAAAACAAAAAUGGAGGAAAAGAAACGAAGGUGGAACGAAAGGAGAAAGAAGCUGCUUGAAACGAACUUUUAGCUCUACGGAUGAAGAUGUAGAUGAGAUUACUCAGCGUCCAUUCUCGCCCGGUCUUAAACGGUAAAUCGAAUUCAUUUUGAUUGUGAAAUAAUGGCCGACUUUGGAUUAUUAUGUAGACAAUUGGACGGUAGCACGUGGCAUUGAUAUAGCCGUUCGAGUCUAUUGCCAGUAUUGAAUAACAACCUCACGAUACACUUUCACCAGACCUUUUUCUGCCACACACACAGGCCAAGCCGCACAGCGAAUCACCUGUAGGAGGGGACAACAAAGGGGAAGGGACUUGGUACAGGUCCACAUAGAAACGUGGACUUGCUGUUUCGGAGAAGUCAGAAAGCGCUGGACUUGCACUCAAGUCGGUAGCACGGCAAAAUUUGUGGUUGUUUCUAUUUGUUCGGCUUGUGUUUUUCUAGACCAACGCCUCAGGAUUCCUAAUAAGAUUUCACAGCCCUUGCAGUUUGGCAACGUUGUUUUUUUUUAAAACCUGGCCAUGGCUCCUACAGCAUCUUUACCAUUCGUACGCCAUCAUCCGAUGUCCUUCUAUCUGUCUCUAUCAGUGAACAAAAUAAAUUCGUUAACGUCCGGGAUUCUCUUCGUGUUGAUCCUCGUCCUCGUGGUGGACGAUAUUGUUUCAUUCAAAAUCUACAACAAAGCCAAAGGUGAAGCUGCGAAACCACUUUACGGAAUUAUUCUGAACGCUCCUUAUCCGAAACAGAAUUACAUUAAACCUCCACCUUACCAACAGCCUUACAAACAAUUCCGGCCGGUUUACAGACCACCUCCACCGGUUUCGUACGUUAAGCCUCAACCCACUUAUUAUCCACCACCUCCGCCGUAUUAUCCAGUGCCUCCACCGUCUGUCGUUCACGUUCCGUAUCGACCACCGGCUCCCUACACUCCGCCAGUGACUCAAACGUAUCCGCAACCGGAACCUUAUUAUCCACCUGUGACUCAAACGUAUCCGCAACCAGAACCUUAUCAUCCACCUGUGACUCAAACGUAUCCGCAACCAGAACCUUAUCAUCCACCUGUGACUCAAACGUAUCCGCAACCAGAACCUUAUCGUCCACCGGUGACUCCAGCCUAUCAAUCGACGACUUCGGCUCCUUAUCGGCCACCCGUCAGGCCGUCGGGGUCUCGUCCGAUGACAUUUCCCGUUCCGACGACGUUUGAUAACAAACCGUGGGAGGCUUUUAUACCCACAUCGGCGUCGUACGUGCUCGAUCCGGCGUUCCAGUUGAACGAGGUUGAUGGAUACCCGUGGACUCAGCAGCUUCGCGAAGUAGAAGAUCAUGAAGAGAAACUUGAAGAUAAAUUGCCGGAGCUGCUGUUCCGAGACAAGCUCCCAUCUAAAUCGCUGGCUCAGCAACACGCGUCCGAAAAUGACAUCAAUUUUAUCCCUAAUCCGGAGUUAAGGAAUUAAAAUGGUCCCAUAAGAAUAUAGUAAAUCAAAGAUUGAAGAUUGAAAGUCCGAUUGAGUUAUAGGAAUAACAAAUCGGCAACAAAACUUAUAUCGUCCGAUUGAUGAAUCAAAAUUAGACCUUACAAGAAUUUUUUUAUUUUUUUUUAAAUAAAUUGUCCAGAUUUAUAUAGUGUAAGUAUAUUAUAUCAAAAGAAAUAUUAGAUUAUAUAUAUAUAUUUUUCCCCCCUCAAUCUACUUUGAAUAUUGUAACAAUCAAUUGAUUUCCCAAGGUGUUUGCGCUAUUUAAAUCGAGCGCGAAAACAUUUGAUACGGUCUGCUAACAACGAGCUAUAAAACUGCAGAAAGCUGAAAAUUCGUCGAAUGCUUUGUAUAUUUUUUUUGUUUUUCUCUCAACGUCAAACAUGUAUAUUAAUAAGCUUUUUGGGAAAUCCUACCAAAAAAUAACAAAUUCAAAUGAAAAAAAAAAAAAAUAACAAAAGAGAAAUUACGUGGGUGGGGGAUUUUGUCUUAUUUUUCGAUUGGGUUGUUGCACAUUGAACGUGUAAGAAUGCCUCGCAUUUAUGAACCCCAUCGUGUGUCGGAACUAAAGUCCUGCAAUCUCUCGUCUCAUUGUAAAACACGCGGCUAGAACAGAUGUUGACGAAUGUUUCCAUCUUCUAAAUGUCUCGUUCUUUUCAUCUCGAUAUGAAUAAAAACAAACAGAAAAAUGAAUACACCCAAACAAAGAAAGGA